CGUCCCACGCCACUUCCUGUGUUUUUGCGCGUGCCCAGCGUGUCCGUGUGGCCGGAGUUCGCUUGCGCCGACGGGCUGCUGUCACACAGCCAUCAUGUUUUCCCAUUCCCGGUGUCUCACCAGGAAUUUCGGUCGUUCCCUCUCUGCCAUCCGCCAGGGGAACAAUGUGUUAGCUCGUCGGGCCACAUCAGUUCUGUCAGCUAGCCAUAAUACUGUCCCCGUCAACAGCAGUGUGAAAUCUCAUCCCAGGUCCAGCAUCUUCCAGAUCCAGUACUUCAGGACAUCUGCAGUGUUCAGAGAUGAAGUUGUCACAGUCAAGACUCCUGCGUUUGCAGAAUCUGUCACAGAGGGAGAUGUUAGGUGGGAGAAAGCUGUUGGAGACACCGUCGCAGAGGAUGAGGUGGUGUGUGAAAUUGAGACUGAUAAGACAUCAGUGCAGGUUCCCUCUCCUGCUGCUGGAGUAAUUGAGGAGCUUCUGGUCCCUGAUGGAGGGAAGGUUGAAGGAGGAACUCCUCUCUUUAAGCUUAAAAAAGGAGCGGGAGCUGUCAAAGCUGCAGAAGCUCCAAAAGCUGAGGCCACGCCUGCUACAGCCCCACCACCACCUUCUGCUGCCCCACCGCCCCCCCCUCUGUCUCCACCUUCAUCUGUGGGCCCCAUUCCCAGCACUAUGCCCCCUGUGCCACCUGUGCCAGCACAUGCUAUCGACACCAAACCAGUUUCAUCCAUCAAGCCCACUGCUGCUCCAGCUGCACCAGUGGCCCAAGCAGAGGGAGUGACUAAAGCAGCCAGGACUGAGAGCAGGGUUAAGAUGAACCGCAUGAGACUGAGAAUUGCCCAGAGACUGAAGGAAGCCCAAAACACCUGCGCUAUGUUGACGACGUUUAAUGAGGUCGACAUGAGCAACAUCUCGGAGAUGAGGAAGAUGUACAAAGACGCCUUCCUAAAAAAGCACAACAUCAAGUUGGGCUUCAUGUCUGCGUUUGUGAAGGCUGCUGCCUACGCUCUGGUUGACCAGCCUGCUGUCAAUGCUGUUAUUGACGACACAACCAAAGAGAUCGUCUACCGGGACUACGUUGACAUCAGCGUGGCUGUAGCCACUCCAAAGGGUUUGGUGGUUCCUGUAAUUCGAAACGUUGAGGGAAUGAAUUUUGCGGACAUUGAAAAAGGCAUCAACUUGCUGGGAGAAAAGGCUCGCAAGAAUGAGCUGGCUGUUGAGGACAUGGAUGGGGGGACGUUCACCAUCAGCAACGGUGGCGUGUUUGGGUCCAUGUUCGGCACGCCUAUAAUCAACCCGCCGCAGUCGGCCAUUUUAGGCAUGCACGGCAUCUUUGACAGGCCUGUUGCAGUCGGUGGCAAGGUGGAGAUCCGUCCCAUGAUGUAUGUUGCCCUGACGUAUGAUCAUCGUUUGAUUGAUGGGAGAGAGGCCGUCACUUUCCUGCGUAAGAUCAAGUCGGUGGUGGAGGACCCCAGGGUGCUGCUGCUCGACAUGUGAGCUCCAGGCCUAACCACACGACUGCACGCAAACGGUGGCUGUGCUCAACCGAUGAACAUCAUUGUAUCUGCAGUUGAUGUAUUGUUGUAUUGGUUAAUUAGAGGAAAAGGCUCCAGUGGUUGUGUAAUGGACAUGGGUGAGGCUGACUGAUUAUUAAUGUUUGCUGCGGGUGUGGAGGAAUGGUGCUCUGGGGUUUCACAUGGUGCUGGUCUCUAGAUCAAAGCAGGAACACACAUGCACCACAUGUCAUUUUCUACCUACAAAGGAAAAGUUGCAACCUAUUGUGGCAUAUAUGGCAAAUAUAUAGAUUACAGUGCAUAGCACCAUUUCAUUAUUUUGGUUGAGUAAAGAACAAGGAGCACUUACUGGGCUAGAAACCAUUAAACACUAUAUUUGAAAAUGUCCAAAGUGAAGGAAUCCUCAGAACUGAUGCCAUCUGUUUUAUGAAAAAACUCUCUACCCUGUCUGAGAAUAUUUAAGAGAAAAAAGUUUUAAACAAUAAAAGCUGCAUUACUCCACUGUA